CAGCCCCUAAGCCUCAGAUGGGAAAGGAAAGGCAUCAAGAAACCAAAACCCAAAAUCAAUCAGAAGAAAGUUGGAAGAAUCAUGGAUUCUAGGAGGCGUAGAAAUAUGCAACGCAAGUUGCAACAACUUCGAUCGGUCACAAACUCCAGUGCUGUUAACAAAGCCUCAAUUAUUGUGGAUGCCACAAGAUACAUAGAGGAGCUGAAGCAAAAAGUCGAUGGAUUGAACUCUGAGCUUGGAACCGCUGAAUCAUCAAUCUCCCAAGGCGAAUUACCCAUGGUCACCGUAGAAACCCUAGAAAGGGGUUUCCUCAUUAAUGUGUUUUCUGAAAGGAAUUGCCCCGGCAUGCUUGGGGCAAUUCUGGACGCGUUUGAAGAACUGGGACUCGAUGUGCUUGAUGCUAGGGUUUCUUGUGAAGACACUUUCCAGCUUGAAGCUGUUGGAGGAGAAAGUGAAGAGAAGGAAAGCAUCGAUGCACAAGUGGUGAAGCAAGCAGUGAUGCAAGCAAUCCAAAACAUGGAUUAAUCAAAGGAAAUUGUUCUAAGAAAGUAGCAGGCUGGUUCUAUAAAUCUUUGUAUUAAAUAUUAAAAAGUUACGUAUCCUAGUGAGAGAGUUGAAGUUUGAUACUAUAUUCUGCCAAAAUGUAAAGUACCUCUCAAUGACCCUUACAUGUGAUGUGGCUUCUUCGUUUGUAGGAAAGAACAAAUGGACAGGGAUCGUCCAGGUUAAUGGGUGUUUUAAUUAGAAUUCUAAGAAGUUUGGAAGAAAGGAAGAAAAAAAUAAUAUUCUUUUUUGGGUUUCCAAGAAA